UAGCACGGUUUGCGGCUUAAGCACUGCCGCGGUCUGAGGAAUGUCAACUAUUCAACAUGGAGGCGGAGGUCGAUAAGCUGGAACUGAUGUUCCAGAAAGCUGACUCUGAUCUGGAUUACAUUCAAUACAGGCUGGAAUAUGAAAUCAAGACUAAUCAUCCUGAUACAGCAGGCAAGAGAAAUCCAGUUACACUCUUAAAGGAAUUGUCAGCAAUAAAGUCUCGAUAUCAAACUUUGUAUGCCCGCUUUAAACCGAUUGGUAUAGAACAGAAAGAGAGUAAGAACCGCAUUUGUGCUACUGUCAGUAAGACGAUGACCAUGAUACAAGAACUACAAAAGCAAACAGAUGUGGAGCUGUCACCACUGACUAAAGAAGAGAAAACUGCAGCAGAGCAAUUAAAAUCUUUUGUUCAGACUUAUGAAGAAGUGGACUUGCAAAACGGAAUUCUAAUGGAGAGGAGAUCCAUUCCAGAAAGAUUUAAGAAGAUGUCUUGUUAGCACUCGAUGACUAGAGGUGGGGGGAUGGAGAAGGAGAUUUGGCUUGGGUAACUGGAUAGUGAUGCCUUUCACAAGAGAAGGUCCUAUAAGAAGGGCAGAUAUUAUAUGAAUAAAGUUCAGCCAAAAACAUGGAAUGGGAAUAAAGGGAUUUAAAUGUA